AUGUCAAGUGUCCCCUUCUGCCUGAUGAACCCAAGACUCACAGCAAGGCAGUGGACAUUCAUACUGAGUCUGAUGCAGACACCAUCCAGACACCCCCAUGCUCGUCGUCGUGCUGGGCCUAAGAGUGUUAUGGUCGGCGACGACAAUGAUGAUGACGAUCCACAAGAGUCAUCUACAACUCGUUGUCAUCCUCCACCCAAGCCUCAUCUGCUUGCAUGGUCCAAACAUUCUGGCCUCAUGACUUCAUCCGCUGAGGAGGAGAUUUUUGAGGCCAAUCAACAAUCCUCCCUGUCUCAUGUUCAACUUGCUGAUGGCACUUCAUUGACACGUGCCGAAUUCAACUCUCUUGCAGAUGAAGAAUUAUGCGCCAACACCCAAGAUGGCAAUGUAGAAACAACAGCUCCUGCAUUGGUUGCUGAAGUACAUAGCACUACUGCGAGCAAGGAUCCAAAUCCUGCCUCUGAAAUUCAAUCAAACGAUCCCAAUGAUGGGACUUCAGCUACUCCUACUGAGUCACACAACACAGGGCAUGGAAGAAAGGACCAUGGCAAGGAUACUUCAGCUGCUGUUGAUACUGCUGCAAAUGAUGGUGACGACGAUGAGGCUGUCCCUGCAAGCAACUUCCCAUCUCCAUCUCGGUUGACGGCCACACAAAAGCAAAAGUCCAAGGUGGUGGUGGACAUCAAUGGAAACAACGACAGCAAAGACAAGGAUGAUGAAGACUUUGUGAAGAUCAAAGGGAGAAUACCUCAAGCAGGUAUCUCAAAGGCGCAGGAGCUUGGAAAGAAUACGUUGGAAGCUGCCAGAGAAAUUGGAAAAGAAUAUGGGAAGAGUGCAAGGACGAUCUUCAUUGAAGCUGGGUUGACGAUGAAGGCAACCCGGAAGGAGUCUCCGUGGAACCAACAUCAGACAUGGUUCGUAGCCACCUGCCCCCUGCCUAAAGGAGUGUUGGGAGCUGUGUUGCCAGCGGAUCUUAAGGCUUGGAAGGUGAAGCAACAAGCUGAUUACAAGGCCCACCCACAUGGUGACCCUCAGCACGCAUCAGUGUGGAAGGAGAUCCUGGAGAACUGGGAUCAUGCUGUCGCGGGUUCAACUGAGGACCUUACAUCACGAUCUGCUGCAGGUCUGAUGAUGGCUGUUCAUGGUGCUUUCACAAAAUCGGCUGCAUACUGGCAUCGCACCUAUGGCAUUCACAUUGCCGGUGUGGCAAUAUUCCCUGGUGAUGAAGAGGCAGGCCACCAAGCAUCAGGACUGUUCGCCGGCUCUGAUAUGGUCAAGGCCCUCAUCAACUCACACCAACUGGAUAUCAAGUGUUGGCUAGAUGAGAUCACCACAAUCCUUAAGUACAAAGACUUGGAAGCCACACACACCAAAGGCAAGACAUUCAGUUUACUCCCCCCUUCUUCCACCACUCCGAACAGUACCCUCUUGUGUAAUGGCAAGCCAGCCAGGGAUAGGAACAGAAAGGUGGUGCCCAUGAUGAUCAGUGAGAAAUUUGCUGAGGCCGGCCACCCGCUCAAAACCUCAAACAGUAGGUGGUUAACCAUGUUGGACAUCCUAUAUGCCAAGAAGCUUUGCAUACAUGAUUGGCCCACUGGUGUUCCCCCGCCUGGCCCCAAUUUUGAUCUCAAGGCUCUAUCUGCAAGUCAACUACGUGCAUUGGUUGCUCCUUAUCUCAGGAUUCAUCUUGGAGCCAUGUACGAGGCUGAGUUAGGCCUUGAUGAUGAUGACAACGAUGACAGCAAGGCAGAGGCAGCAAAGGCAAAGAAGUGCAAAGGCAAGUCCAAGAAGUCAGGUGACAAAGGAAGGAAGAAGGGACCAAUUGCAGAGGAGCCAACUAAUAUCACAACCACACAUGAUAUUCUUGCUCUUGAGAUUCAGGCCUCAAACACGUGUCUCAUCCCCCUCGUCAUCGACACUGACGGCAGGGUCGUUUGUGCCCUCCAAGACUUGGAGAAGUUCAUCAAGGACCUUCCAAAAGACAACACUCCUAGACGCCGCACCAAUGAGGUAAUCAAACAACCCGCUAUCUCUAAUCCAGCAGCUUCACACUCAACCAUGGGAGCUUCGUGCCCCAAUCAGACAGCUUUGCACUUCAACAAUGCAGCUCCGAGCUCCAAUCAUGAAGCUUCGCACUCUCGCCAAUAUACUAACCGAGCUAUCCAUGAGGAUCUCCUGCCUUCAUCGCCGCCUUCAUUACCACCCCAGGAAGCCCCACACUCGUGUCACCCUACUAAUUGA